AUGGACGUGACUAUGCCGAAGCCGGCAAAACGUGAAAACUACGUUUCUUACCCUACAGACGACGAGCAUGUAGGUGAUGCAAGGCUUAAUGAUGCCAGGAGCACUAAAAAAACACGUCGAAAUACUCUUAAGGAGCAAAAUAUCAACAUUCAAAAUGCUGAGUUUGAAGAUAUUGUUAUAGAUACAAAGAAACCUAACAGAGUUACAAGACAGACGCGGAAAUUGGCUGAAAAUAAUCCUGAAGAUGUUUCUGUUGGGGACCAAGAUAUUACAGGCGCUCCAGACAAAAAGAAAAAUAAGAAAAGUAAGAAAAAGAAAAGAAGUCAUACUGAAAGCUUAAAUGAGAAUGAUACAGAAGCUGUAGUGACAGAAAAAUCGUCCAAAAAGUCAAACAAAACAAAGAAGCACUCAAAUUCAAGCGCAAAACUCACUAAAACAGACGUAAACAAAAGUAAUAUUUCUAUAGACUCAUUUCACAGCGCUGCUGGCAGCCCUCUAAAAGAACACAUCAAAGAUCCAGGAAUUAUUAUUGGUAAAUCAUCAGAAAACCAGAAAGUUAACACAACAUUUGAAAUAGAAGUCCCUGUAGACACGCCCUUGAAUACUACAUUUGAAAAAGACAGCAAGAGCAAAAAAAAAUCGAGUGUUAAAAAUUCCACAUUUGACAAAACUGAUAUUACUACCGCUUCUGGAACACCAAGAAAAUUGAGCAUAAAAAAUUUAACUUUUGACAAGAAUCACAUUCCUUCAGAAGCAAGAAAGUCAAGUUUAAAAAGUUCUACAUCUGACAAAAUUGAUUGCCCUAUAACUCCUGUGAAAGUUCAAAUCUCUAAGUUUGAUAAAGUGGAUUCUAUGGAUAUUGAAAAUCCCAACAAACUUUACACUACAUUUGAGACAGAACCAAAAACUAGACGCUCCCUACGUAACAGCAAUGUGAUAGAUAAUAUUGUGAAAGAAGUUAUUGUCACCAAAAAUAAUAUGAAAAACACUACUUGUGAUAAAGAAAUAAAACUAAACUCAACAUAUGACAAAAUUGAAGAGACUUCACCAAAAUCUUCACUUAUCUCUUCCGACAGUACUGUUAAUGUAACAUUUGAUAAAUCGGACAAUUCCCGUGUUAGCAUUACAAGUGACGAUUCCAAGACAGAAAACAUAAUAAACACAACUCCAGUACUGAUUGAAAGUAGUAUAGAUGAAUCAAAACAUUCAGAACUGCUUAACGUGUCUAACAAAACAAAAACACCCGAUAAAAAUGUCCAUGAAGGCCUGCAAUCGGUAACACCAAUCAAACGUGAGGGUACAUUCACAAAAGAGGGACCAGAAGUAACAACAUCACCAAAACCAAAAAUAUCUUCAGAAAGAACUCCUACAAAGAGAAUGUCUUUGCCAUCACCAGGUUUCACACCAUACCGUGUUUCUCAAACGUCCCAAAGUUCACAAAAGGAGAAAAAAAGUCUCCUAAAUGUGACCAGGUCAAUUGAAAAACAGACUAGACUGUCAUCUCUGGCCGAACAGAUGCCGAGACAGACACGGGUAAUGUUUUGCAGUCCGGUGAACAAUCCUGGUGUGAUGACGCAGCAAAAGAAGAAGAUCAUUAAGUCCAGCCUGAAAGGAUCUAAUAAGAGUUUCCGUUUUGAGGAAAAUGAGCCCGUCCGUCCAACGACGCGCAAGCGGUCCCUCACCCAAGAUGACGCGCAGGAUUCGCGCGCCAAGCGCAAACGCCUCGCUGAUGGGCUGCAGCACUCCGUCGACCGUCUCUCCAGACCUAGGACGUCCAGUGCUUCUGCGAAGCUAGCGGAGUCGACGCCGGCGAGGAAACCGGUUACGCCGUCGAAGACCAGGUCCGACGUGAAACGCACCAAGCUGCCCAACUUCGCGGCGCUACACCGGAAGCAAUUCGACAGGAUGGAGUCCCUGGACGAGUGCCAGCUGCGCAAGGCGCGGCGCGCGCGGCAGCUCCUGACGCCCACCGGAGGCGUGGCCGUCCUCGACGGGAGCAGCCCCGCAGGUACUUCCACGGAACUUAAAAUCACUUCUACAAAACUAAAAAGUAACUCUACGGAACCAAAGCGUACCACUGCGGUACCAAAAGGUACCUCUACCGAGCCAAAUGGUACUUCUACGGAACCAAAAGGUACUUCACUGAAAACAAAAGAACUCUUAAAGGAGACUGAAACCAAACAGGCAACAAACCCGGAGCCACUACCCACUCUCGAUUCUUUACGUCCCGGCUUCACUCGGUUUGGUUUCAGAAUGAACUGCGAUGCAAACCCGUUCAGUAUCACGAAAACCAAAACUGCUAAAGAAAAAACCGUUGGUUUAUUAAUACAAAUGGAAAAAACAAAGAGUUUGACAAGUGAAAAGGAAAAACCCAAUACUUUAACUAACAAGGAAAAGUUUAAUGGUUUGACGAGGCAAUUGACACAACCAUCUUUAAACGGCGGAACGAUAAGCCGACGAGCUGUUGCCAAACAAACCGUAAUGAGAGAGAAAUCUUUCUCAUCUCUUUCUAACAGGCGAGAUUCGAAGAGAAACGAGAAUCGGACGGUUAUAAAAGGGGUUAGGACUAAUAGGAGGUUUGAACUGCAAAUGAAAAUGCGGAAUUUGGAUUGAAUACAUUAGUAGACAUAAGUAUGAUUUUAAUUAAUCUGGUUUUCAACUACGAACACUAACCUUAUUCGGUAAAUAACUGGUUUAAUUUUUAACCGACUUCAAAAAAAGAG